AUGGAUGUCCUGGUCCGACUCCUGCAGCUGCUGGUGCUGCUCCUGACCCUGCCCCUGCACCUGAUGGCCCUGCUGGGCUGCUGGCAGCCCCUGUGCAAAAGCUACUUCCCCUACCUAAUGGCGGCACUGACUGCCAAGAGCAACCAAAAGAUGGAGAGUAAGAAACGGGAGCUCUUUGGCCAGAUAAAGAGGCUUACGGGAGGCUCCGGGAAGGUGGCCUUGCUGGAGCUGGGCUGCGGCACUGGUGCCAACUUCCAGUUCUACCCAGCUGGCUGCCGGAUCACCUGCCUGGACCCAAACCCCCACAUGGAGAAGUUGCUGACAAAGAGCAUGGCUGAGAACAGGCAUCUCCAAUAUGAACAGUUUGUGGUGGCUUCCGGAGAGGACAUGAAACAACUGGCCGACGGGUCCAUGGACGUGGUGGUCAGCACCCUGGUGCUGUGCUCUGUGCAGAGUCCGAGGAGGGUCCUGCAGGAGGUCCAGAGAGUGCUGAGGCCGGGAGGAGUGUUCUUCUUCUGGGAGCAUGUGGCUGAGCCCCGUGGCAGCUGGGCCUUACUGUGGCAGCAAGUUUUAGAGCCUACUUGGAAACACAUUGGGGAUGGCUGCUGCCUCACCAGAGAGACCUGGAAGGAUCUGGAGAGUGCCCAGUUCUCUGAACUCCAAAUGGAACAACAACCCCCUCCCUUCAAGUGGUUACCUGUUGGGCCCCACAUCAUGGGAAAGGCUAUAAAAUAA